CAUCAAUUCACCUGCGGACUUGGGACUUGAAGCUUCAAGCUGCGAUGCAGUCCACUCAAUCAGUCGCACGUUUUAUUUACUGCUGAUGACGCCGCCAUGCCUUGCUUUGCCUUCAAUUCUGUGGCGACGCCUUUGCUGUCUUUCUCCGUGUCUAAACUUAACUCAAUCACUCCCUGGCCUCGACCUCUGGCACUGCCUGAUUCGUUCCUACUGUACCACACAUCGAAUAUGCACAGUUAGGUGACUUACUGUUCACUUCAAGUUUCCUCUCUUCCCUACGACUAUCUUCAGCUUGUAUCCUGUUUUUGACUGUCAGUCAUCGUUGCCCUGGCCCUCGCUGUCGUUGCCGUCCUCUCUUAUCCAGUAUCUGGUCGCCUGAUCAUAUUACUCUCUCGACGUUCGCUGGGCUAUACCUUAAUCAAUAUCCGUCCCGCAGAGAACUCUUAGAUACACGGUCCCACCAGCGCUGCUGACAAGAUAAAGCGAAGGAGAUUUGGGCGAAAGCGAAGAUCAUCGCUUCCGCAUCUCAUCGCUCGUCAGGAUGCGAUCCUCUACCGCCGCUGUUGCGGUCCUCGCUGCAUGCACCACUCCUCUUAUAUCAGCCAUCCAUCUCGCUCCCCGCUCAGCAGACCCACGAGUCCUCAGUCUUCCCAUAGAACGAAAAGCUCCCAAGGACAUCCUCGCUCAUGAUCGUUCACGUCGUCUCCGGAAGAGAGGAACGGUCCAAGAGACACUGGACAACGAGCAGAGUUUGUAUUUCGCCAAUCUGACCAUCGGUACGCCCGGUCAAUCGCUACGGUUACACAUCGACACGGGCAGUUCUGAUCUGUGGGUGAACGUGGCCAACUCGAGCUACUGUACUUCGCGCUCCAACCCAUGCGAAGGAGGAACCUACGAUCCCAGUUCUUCGUCCACCUUCCAGAUUGUGAACAAUGACUUCAACAUUUCUUACGUCGACGGCUCCGGCGCCUCAGGAGACUACGUCAGUGAUACACUCACCUUCGGCGGCGUGACCCUGAAGGAUUUCCAAUUUGGCAUCGGCGAGCUUUCCUCCUCUCAAGAAGGUGUCUUGGGCAUCGGCUAUGCCUCCAACGAGGUGCAGGUCAACCGCGCAGGUCUUGAUGCCUACCCGAAUCUCCCUGUGGCCCUCGUCAAUGCCGGCAAGAUCGCCUCCGCCGCCUAUAGUCUGUGGUUGAACGAUCUGGACGCCUCGACCGGUCAAAUCCUGUUCGGCGGCGUCAACACCGCCAAGUACAAAGAUGAUCUGGCCACUGUGCCCGUCAUUAAGAGCUACGGUGGCUACUACGAGCUACUCGUGGCUUUGACGGGUGUGACGGUAGCCGGCACAGAUCUCUCGUCGUCCAGCUCUCUCCCUGCAGCUGUCCUUCUCGAUUCCGGCGCAACCCUCACCUACCUUCCGGACGACAUUACGCAGGAAAUCUACGACUCAGUCCAAGCCGUCUACCAGUCCAACGUUGGCGCCGCUUACGCCGAAUGCAGUCUGGCUUCCUCGGACGCCACUUUGGAUUUUGAUUUUUCCGGCCAGACCAUCAAAGUACCCUUUGACGAACUGUUUCUGGACGCAGGCACCAACCAAUACGGCCAGCCGUUGACUUUUGAGAACGGCGCCGAAGCCUGUCUAUUUGGCAUCGCUCCCGCCGGUUCUACUACUCCUGUGCUAGGAGACACAUUCCUUCGGUCGGCAUACGUGGUCUACGACCUGGCCAAUAACGAGAUCUCCCUCGCUCAGACCGUCUUCAACUCCACUAAGAAUGAUAUCCAGGAGAUCACAAAGGGUUCCGACGGCGUUCCCAACGCCACACCCGUCGCAAGCGCUGUCACUACUCUCGCGGCCGGCACCGGCGGUGCAAGGCUCGGCGGCGCCACUGGAUCCGUGACAGGGUUCGCCAAUCCUACCAGUACCGGCACAGAAAAUGGCGCCGCUAUUCCUGGCAGAAGCGCUGCUUCAAUCGCCUCUACCGUGGGUUUUGUAUCGGCCGUGAUCGCGGCGUUUGUGGUGCUAUGAACCGGCGGAGACUCUUCAACAAUUUGAUGGGGUGGACAGCCGUCAUGACGCCCUUGUUCUCUGCCUCUGCUUUUUGCAUCCUUGCAUAUCUCUGGGACCAACAGAACCUCGGUCACGUAGACGAAGUCACAGUCACAGUCGCAGUCACAGUCGCAGUCACAUCAUCAGCCCGCCCAUACGGUUUACUCCGCCUCUACAGUAAGGAGGAUUCUCCAUGCUCGUCCAUUCCAUUGGACGUUCCUCCAUGUAGGGAAGACGCCUUGCGACAGCAAAAUGGAUCGGAAUCACAGACCAGUGCGCGAAACGAAGAGUGGCAGGCCACAACGGAAAGACAGCGUUGGACUCGUGACUCCAACGAGAGUAGUUGGGAUGAUUGAUCGAGAGAGAGACAGAGAGAAAGAAACGAUUCAUACGACGUUUACGUACAUAUUACUAGCACCACACCGGCGGCCACGGAGAUUUGGGAGGGAUUGAAAAUUGAAGUUUGGAGUUUUGGAGUUUGGCUCUUGAACCGGGCUAGUCGCCCCCGGGUCAAGCAGGCAUUACAUUAUUGCAGCAGGCACACUUUGCCGCAUAUCGGAGCGGGCAGUCAUCGGUCUUCCUUGUGGAUUUGUCCUUAUCCUCCUACACUGCAUUGCACGGCACGACAUGGAUUGGCGUUUUCACAUGUGUGGCAUGAAUGUCUUGGUUUCUGGGACUUGGAUUGGAUUGGAUCAUGGCAUAGCAUAGCGUAGCGUCCUACAAGGAUGAUCACGCACGGCACGCCCACGGUGCAAGGGUUGAUAGUACAAGUGAGAGCUGCAGUAAGCCAUGCAAUAAAGUAUCAAUAUCAAUAUCAAUAUCAUAAUACGUAUUCAAUUAUCAUUCAUACCUUUGCAGUCCC